UUGACAAUAUUUUCAUUUAUUUGCUCGUUUAACCUAUUGCCAUCAUUAUCAUCGUCGCCACUGCUGUCACUGCUUACGUUGAUGAUACUUUUUAAACAAUAACGUUUGCGUUUUUUUGAAUAAUCAUUAUAGCCUUUUCUGGAAUUUCUCUUAACCAUUUUAAAAAUUUUUUCACUUUUAUUACUCCAAACAAAAUACACUAUCAGCAGUUUAUUUUUUUGUAUCAAAAUAUUAGAAAAUAAACAAAUAUAUUGUACACAAGGUAACCCAGAAACUUGCAGUUAACAGGGUAUGGUAAGAUAAUUUUUUCCGUUAUCGACUAAGCUGCGUAACAACGACGAUGCGCAUCAAGCAUAGCAGUGCACAGGUUACGGGAUUUUCACUAAUCGCCAUUUUAAGCUGUUGAUUGUAUUUGUAUUUAUUUCUGCACUAAAUAUUUCAUAAAAAUAAAUAAAUAAAAGAGCUUAAAAAAAAAAAUUAUAAUGCCACCCAAAAAAACAAAAAAUGACAAUAAUAAAUACGUGUUAAUUUGGUGGAUUGUCAGCGGCGAGAAAACUAUUACCGAAUUAACAAAAGUACCUGUGGCAAAACGUAAAAAGGAUGAAAUAAUAAAAUUAAAGUGGGAAGGAAAUGAUGGAAAAAAAAAGUUUUACUUCGCAAAAAUAAUUGAAUUUGGAGCAAGUGUUGAAGAUUUGGAUAAAAUAAGGUUAGACAACAAGGGAAACGUAUGUGAUGAAUCAACGAAACUGUUCACGGAAGAUGUGCUUCAGCAAAAAAAGCAGUUGAACAUGACUAAAAAAAUUAGCAAAGAAUUUGAGAAAAAAAAUCAAAGCCAUGUUGAAAAAAAAAUAAUGAAACAAAAACCCAUAUUUAGUAUUGAUGAGCCCCCAUUGUGUGACAGGAAUAAACCGAAAAUAUCAAAAUUUAAAUCAAUAAGUGUCGAAAAAACAUUAAGCAAUAAAAAUGAUUCUUGUACUGAUCAAGAUUUUAUUGAAGACGAUAGUAAUGCACUAUCAUCAUGUAUUAAUAUUAAUAAAGUCGUUAAUGCUUCUGAUCAGCAAAGUUCAGAAGAUGAUAAACUUAUCAACAUUACUGGUGAUCACUUUAUUGAUCCACCAAAUUUCAAUAAUUUGCCUGUUGAUCAGGUUGAUUUUGAUAAACCUACAGAUUAUGGAAUAGAUCUAUCUUCUAUUUGGAAUAAUGAUUAUUUAAAUAAUUGGUCAACGAUUAAUAAUAGAGCCAUCAAUGUUUCAAACUCUUCUCCGCUAGAACCUCUCCAACAAAUUGAUAUUUUAUCAUCGAAUGUUUUGGAAUUAAAAAGUUUACAGAAUAAUGACCGUGAUUCUUCAAUGCAAUUUUCUUCAGGUUUCAAAAAACAGAAUAGUAACGAAAGUAGUACCAUAUUUCGACCGUGGGAUUCGUCAUCUGAAACAACUACUGCAAAUACUACUUCUCCACCAUAUUGGAACGACGUUGAAGAAGAACCACCUUCGGAAUCCAGAGUUCCGACUAUAGAUAUACCUGCUCAUGACUCAACUGAUUUAGAAACUAUAAAAGAGACAGUAUAUGCUGGAUCGUUGGCUACAUUUCUUAAAAAUGAAGUUAGAGAAGCUGAUUUAGAUUUUAUUAGGAUGCUUGAGGCCUCCAUAAAUCGAGCCUACGAAUCGCAGCAAAGAUAUGAUCGGCAAUCUUCUGAAAUACUAAAAAUACCUGGAUGUUACACUCAACCGGGAGAACAUAUGGUUGAAAUAGUUGCAGGCUCUAAAAUCUACUUUCCUUUAAGCAUCAAAAAUCAAAUUGAGAAAACAUGUGAAGAAGAAAACGAGAGUUGUGAUUGGGAAACAUUAAUUAAGUUGGCUUUAAGAGAAGUAUACGGCAAUAACAUUUCUAAUUAUUCGGCAAAAGGUAUAAAAGUUAAAGGAUCUCAUACCGAUAAAUACCCACCUAUUGACAGUCGAUUAUAUAAUGCAAUUUUUGAUUGGGUCAGAGAUAAAGUUGGUUCAAAAAAAAUUAUAACUACAAAGAUGUUUAACACAACUAUUAAUAAGUAUUGUGCAAAUAAAAGAACUAAUGAAAAUACUCACCCACAUUCUACAAAACAACUUGAUCAACCAGAGUUUAUAUCUGAGGAAAAUUUAAGAUUUUUCAAAAAAAUCGUACAAAUUAUUGAAGAUUCCUAUAAUAUGCAGCGAAGAGAAACGUUGCCUGAGCGACAAACUUACCAGUUAUCGAACGUGUACACUCAACCAGCCAAAACAAAAGUUCAAAUCAGUCCAAAUUAUGAAAUUUAUCUUCCUAAAAGUAUUUACAUGUAUAUCGAGAGAAGAAGUGAGAUCGCUAAAAAUAAAUACGAUUGGAGAAUUCUUAUAAAAGAAGCCUUACUGGAAGUAUAUGGAAAUCAAUUAAAAAAUUACAGUGCGAAAGGGACUCGUGGUGGCUCUCCAGGGAUUAAUGUCGAAUUAUAUCGAGCACUCUACGAUUGGGCAAGCUCGGUGACCAGUGAAGUUAUUCUGGAUGGGGAUUUUACGGAUGUCAUCAAUACUCUCACAGCUAAUAAAAAGAAGGGGAAAAAAAGUAAAUAAUAAGUGGACAUUGUAUCAAUAAACAUUUUUCAUUGAUCAUGAAUAUGUUUAUUCUCUUUAAAUUAAACAUUGUUUUCUCUUUAA